GCAUGCGCGGGGGGCGGCGGGUGGCCGCCCACCAUGGCGCUGUUGGCCGCGGACCGGGAGUUGGUGCGCGCGUUCUGGAGGAAGCUGGGAGGCAACGUUGGGGUCUACGCUACGGAGGCCCUGGAGAGGACCUUCCUGUCCUUCCCCACCACCAAGACCUACUUCCCCCACCUGGACCUGAGUCCCGGCUCCGCCCAGGUCAAAGCCCACGGCAAGAAGGUGGGCGACAUGCUGACCCUCGCUGUGGCCCACCUGGACGACCUACCCUGCGUCCUGGCGGCUCUGCGCGACCUGCACGCGCACAGGCUGCGAGUGGACCCGGUCAACUUCCAGCUCCUGGGCCACUGCCUGCUGGUGACCCUCGCCCGGCACUACCCCGGAGACUUCAGCGCCGCCCUGCACGCCUCGCUGGACAGGUUUCUGAGCCACGUGACCUCGGCGCUGGUCUCCGAGGGUUGCUAAACGGGGUGGGUGGUCGCGGGACCCCCAGCCGUUCCCUCCCGAGGUUACAGUGUUUGAGUAAAGUCCCCGAAAGCAAG